AUGAAAGUUCAUAUUUCUGUCCUAUUCUUGUCCAUUUGGACAAUCAAUUGUUUAGCUCCCAAUGGAAACAAUGAAUCGUCUACUAUUACUACUACUACCACCACAACCACCACCACCACCAUCCGAGGAGCAGGAAUGGACGAUUUUAGGAAACGUCUACUUGGUUUCAUAGUUGGAAUUAUGAUCAUAGCCUUCACCUUUACCUGUUUUUGUUUACUCCAUUAUAACUGUAUGAUUGAAGAGGUCCAGUCACCAGGAGGGCUCAACAAAGAAAAUAUGGCUGCUAUAUCUUCCUGGGUAUCCAAGGUAUCAGCUUGUCAACCUGAUGUGAUAACUGAGGACAUUCUUGAAACUCAGCCUCUGCUAUUAAAUUCAGACCAGGCAUGUGGGCCUCCAAGUCAAGAAAAACAACCUAUACCAAACAGUGAAGUAAAAUCAACUCAGCCUUCAAGUCUAGAAAAGCCAUGCACACCACCCAAUGCACAGAAAACAAUGAGAUACUCAAAUACAGAUAAGUCAUCCACACCAGGUAGUACAAAAAAGUUGGGCAGGCAUGUAGGUUCAAAAAGGUCAAGUAAGUCAUCAAGCCCCCAACGAUUACAUAAGUCAUCUCACCAGGAUAAGUCACAUAAGAAACGCAGCCUUAAAAAAUCAUAUAAGCUCACCCAUGCCUGUAAAUUAACUAGUCAAGCCAAUUCAUCCUCUUCAGAGUCACAAACCAUACCAUCUUGGCUAGCUAUUCUGCAAACUUCAUCUGUGCUAACCACAGAAUCUUGUUCAUCAGCCUCACUUAAUCAAGUCUUGCUCACCAAACCAACCAGAAUAAAGAAGCCAAACCAGUCACGUGUAUACCAUGAUCUAAAAAAGCCAGGGAAUAGAGGAAAGGUUAUGUUACACAAGUAUCCAGCAGCCAAAACUUGCCGACAUUAUAAUGAAAAAUGCCUCAUUUGUAAUACUCCUGAAUUUCUUCUCAAUGAUCUUUGGGAGCCCAAGAAGGAAGAACAUGCUGGACUUCUUCAAGUUUCAAGGAAAAUGAAGUCCUCUCCCAAGCCAUUUUCCGAAACAGAUUACUCGUACAGUGAAACAGAGUACUAUUCUUAUCAAGAUGAGAGUAAUGAUACUAUGAAAACAUAUGAUACUGAAGACAGUGAUGCAGAGAUAGUCAUUAUUUGUGACACAAGUAAUAACGAGGAUGACAUGACUAGAAGUAACUCAAAUUAUUAA